AUGGUCAAGAAGCCAUCCAAGGCUCAAAAGGCCAAGCUGCGCAGGGCAGGGGGUAGCGCGGACGAUGGCGAGUCCCGAAGCGGAAGAGGUGGUCGAGGUGGACGCGGGCGAGGUCGUGGUCGUGGAGGUGCCGCAGCUGCUGCAGGAGGAGGAGGUAGGGUAGGAAGGUCCAGCUUGCUACCACCAGACCAGCAAGCAGCAUUCGAGUCGCGCAAGCGCACCGUCCAGCUGGAGGAGUCUGCUUUCUCGAAACUUUCACCGCCCGUGUUGGAGCGACUCAACAUCCUUGCUUCCUAUGCGGACCUACGACGACCCAUUCCGGAGGAGCUUACGCCGUUCGACUAUUCGAGAUUCGGUCGUGCCCGGGCGGAAAAUCACCAACGAACCUUGGAUCAAGAGCAGGGAAAGAUAGACGAGCGAGACUCUCACCCACUAGCCGGUUGGCUUCAGGGUGGCCCGAAGCAAUCAGAGAAGCAAGAUCGAGGCGACGAUUCCUCGGACGAUGAUGAAGCCGAAAAGGUUGACGAGGGUGAAGAUCCAGGAGUGACAGGUGUAGAGGAAACGGGAGAGCUUCGUCUGCCCAAGAGACCAAAGUGGAGGUCAGACAUGGAUACCAAGACCAUCCAUUCGCAAGAGGAAGAGGUCUUUCGGCAGUGGCUACGCAAAACAGAUGCCGUGGUCGAACGAGCCUUCUUCACCUCGUCGCCCAUGUUCGCCGGACUGACAUCUCACACCCGAUCCGACGACAAAGCCGCAUUUGCUCCCUCUCCAGCCACCGCAGGCAUGGGUGGAAGUCGAAUGGUCUCCUCCAUCGCAUCCCAAGACAGCAUAAGCGAACUCUUGCACCACCGUCCAUCUCCCGGCACCUCCGUUAUCGGAAGCCUGUACGAACGAAACAUCGAAGUCUACCGUCAGCUUUGGCGCGUUUGCGAGCGCAGCGACCUCGUUUGCGUCCUAGCCGAUGCGAGAUGCCCCCUGCUCCACCUGCCACCUAGUCUCAUCGGCUUUCUGGAACGGUACAUGCGACUCAAGGUCAUCAUUGUGCUGACAAAGGCGGACAUCGUACCUAAGGAGAUUGUCGAUGCUUGGAGGGGGUAUCUCAAACAGCUGUAUCCGAAGUGGGAAGUGGUGGCUACGGAAAGCUAUGCAAAGCUGGAGAGGAUGGAGGGGCAAGGUUCGCGGACGAGGUUUGCUCCGUAUCUUUCGCCACAUUCGAGGAGAGAGUUGUUUGCGGCGCUGCGAAAGGCACAUGGUGAUUUGGUGACACCGCCAAAGGUGGUACAGGACGACGCGAAGAAGAGCAGAGAGUGGAUGCCGCCGUGUGCGACAGAUACGGACUGGGAAGGCGUGGAAAGACGCGUGCAGCUCCACACAGAGGGUUUCGAGGCAGGCGAAGGUGCUGACAUCCCAGAACGCAGUUCCGAGAACGAUCUUGAUGCGAAAGACGCAAACCUACCCAGCCAGAAGAACAAUCAGGACGCCAAAGCGACUCGCUCGCACCUGCCUUAUCUCACCAUCGGCCUCAUCGGUCAGCCCAAUGUCGGCAAAUCGAGCCUGCUCAAUGCUCUGUUUGGCUCCAAAGUCGUUCGCGCUUCCAAGACGCCAGGAAAAACCAAGCAUUUCCAGACGCACUUCCUCGUGCCUCUUCCCUCACCUUCCUCCUCCUCUUCCAACAACGUCGAUACCGACCACCCCAAAGCAGUCGGAGAAGAAUCCCACCGCGGCCAAAUCCGACUGUGCGAUUCUCCCGGCCUCGUCUUCCCCUCGCUCAUCGGGAUGGAGAUGCAAGUCAUGGGCGCCAUCCUGGCCAUCUCGCAAGUGCAAGCAAUCACCUCAUGCAUCCGCUUUGUCGCUGAACACAUCGCGCUCGAAAAGGUUCUGCAACUGCAGUAUCCACUCGAUGAAGACGAGGCGCAGGAGGAGGACGGGAAAGAGGUGUGGACGGGCGUCAAGAUUUUGGAGGCGGUGGCUAGGAGGUACAUGUUCAAGACGGCAAAGGCGAAUCGAUGGGAUGUGAAUCGAGCGGGGAAUCUGGUGAUGCGUGCGGUCGCCGAGGGGAGGAUCAAGUGGGCGUUUCGACCGCCGUCGUCGCGUGAACAGGUUGGAGUGGGUGGGAUCGGAGAAGGUAUUUGGAUGCCGGAAGCUAGCCAAGAUGCUGUUCAAGGGGACGAAUCGGACUUGCUCACCGCGCCCAACCCGGACGACGAGGAAGAGAACGAGCAAGAUGAAAAGAAGAAGACCGAGGACGAAGAUGAGAGCGAUGACGAUGCGGACAUCGCUCGAAAGGUGCGGUUCGACUUUGGCGUAGUCGAAACCGAAGACGACGAUGACGAUGAAGAGGACGAGGAUGACAGAGGGAUGGUCGGGUCUACAAAUUCGUUGUUCAGUGCUCUCGCUGUCGAAGCUGGAGACGACGACGAUGAUGACGGUGAUGACGAUGAAGACGACCAGGAAGAAGACCAAGAGGGAUAG